AUGGACGGUCCGCUUGUUGUUGGAGUCACGGGUCCUUUAAAUCAUGUCUGGUUGUCAGAAAACGAACUAGGGGUUUUCAGUAAACCAAGUGCUUCCGCAGAAUCCUCUCGCAACGAAAUACUCAUUGAGAAUGUUAAGUGGGGCACGUCAAUAUACAACGAUGAGUUUAUGAAACGACUUGUCAAAAGUUCCUUCGAGGUUUUCUCCGCCCUCCAAAAGUGCACAGCACAGAACUCAUUUAUCAACCACAGCAUACAAUACAGAGCUGCUUUAGCUGUGUGUUCGAACGAAAUCUUCUCAUUUCUUAAAAAUUUCCGUCCAGAUGAGGCAAGGGUAGCUCAUCUCCUUGCUCAAGGCAACCUGAUUCAGACACUGGAGCUCUUGUGGCACCUUGCAGAACUGAUUUUCAUUCAAGUAUCACCGCCUGGAUAUUUAGCAUUCAAUCUUUGUAGUUGGUUUUAUGUACAAUCUCAGGAAGCUGCUAAUUGUGCUCGGGAGAUUUUGGAAAGCGCGAACAAGGAACAAACAGGUCAUACUUUAUUGAGUAGUAAACUGAGUAAUCUUAAAUCAUGGGAAACUGACAAGCGCUUUUGGCCAACAGUUUUAAGCUUGGUAUUACAAGCUAGAUGUCAAGAAGCAGCAAGUUUGCUUGUCCUGCACUCUAAUUCUAACGGUCGUGGUCUUCGAAGUCUACGUCAACUUUUAGCUUCUAUGCCAAUCGCUUCACAUGCUGAAAAAGAAGGUAUGUGGACUGAGUAUGGUGCUCAAUUUUCGCAAGCGUGGAACUACUGGCAAUCCGAAUGUGAACAUCGACUGUCUACUGGAGAAUUCGAUCAUGUUGGUGGUGAUCCAAUAUCAGUUGACUACGUAAAACUAAUUGCCAAUAUCUUAUCAGGACGCACUUCUAUUUGGGAUGACCCGCGAAUUCUUGAAGUAACUAGAGGUUCACGUGGAUGGUUUUUUCGUUUUGUCUCAUUUGUUUUCUACACUGACCAGUUAGUAAAUAUUGAUGGCCUGAACAGUGAUCUUGAUCGAUGGCUUGCUUUAACGAAUAAAAGUGCUAUGGAAUCGGAUCCUAGUUUUGACCAGUCCGUCGAUGCUUUAAUCACAAGCAUUUUUCACGUCGAUCUAUUUUCAUUUGUUCGUAUAGCAAGUGAAAAAUUAAGUAAUUGGUGGUUUAUUGCACAUUUUACAAAUCUUUUAAAUCAUAUCUAUCCUGGUGUAUUGAAUGAUCUACAGCUUAUCCAUAAACAAGACGAGCUAUCAUUGGAAUCUUGUCCUAAAAUAGCUAAUCAUAAUUCUAAAGCUGAGAUUAAUGAAUCAUUGUACAAACCUGUAGACAGUUCCUCAUUGGUUGAAUUCUUUCUGCUCGGUUAUAUCGAUUCUUUGGCUUCUGAGACUAGCCUUUUAUCUAUUGCACUUGGAUAUUUGGAUCAUUGUAAAUCUGGGCGUGCACGUCAAUCUGCCUUAUUGCUGAAACAUGCUGUACCAGUUUCAACUAGAGCUACAAACUGGUUUAUUAGUCAAGCCAAAGUUAGAGGAUUAUUUUCAACUGCUGAAGAAUUAGCCAAAUUAAAUUGUCGUAGAUUUACAUGUUUAUCAUUACAAUCUAAUGAAAAUUCUAUAACUGAUUCAUUAAAUUAUUCUCCAAUUUGUAUUUCAAUGGGUUGGGCUCUAAUGGCACAUGAUUAUGCUAUCAUUAAUCGGUUAGCUGAACUCUCUCUUAUUAAAGAUAGUGGAUUUAUGCAUAAAGACAAUUUGAAUGAAUUAACCAUUUCACCUGCUUCUACAGAAGUUGCAGAAUUGGCUGCUAUCAUAUUGGGCUUUUGUAGAGGAUCAUCAUUUGAUGAAUUGUCAAAUAAUAAUAAAAAAAAUAAUCAUAAGAGUAAUGAAAUGAAUCGUCUUCAAUUAUCACCUGAAUUAGCUUUUUUAGUUCGUUAUGCUGAACUUCAACAAUGUUUUAAUGAUGGAGAUUGUGAAGGUGCAGUUGAUCGAAUUAUUGAUUUACUAGUUACUAGUCCUGGCACUUCACUUAUUACCACCACAAAUGCAAAUGGACAAAAUGGUAUCAACUCUUCAACUGCAGGAUUUGGUUUACGUAUACCGACUCGUCUUAAAAUAAGACUACUUGCUGAAGUUAGACAUUUAUUGGGUCGAAAUCGCCUACGUCGAGAUCAAGUUGAAAUACUUAUUACUGCUUUGAUUGAAUUAAGAGCAGAUUUAGAUUUAAAUGUUAAUAAUUUAUCCACAAACAAUGAUAUGCAUUCAUUACUAACAAAAAUUCAUAUGUCUCUUGCUAAAGAAUUAGCAUCGACAUUUUUCACUACUACUAAUACUACUUCUCAUAACAUUCCUAUAUCUCCAUCUUUAUCAACCAGUAUUAUGGUUGAUACAAAUUGGCAUUAA